AUGGCCGACUCGGAUGGCGAGUUCGUCGCUGACGGCAUGUCGGACGACGACAUGCACGAUCACAGCUUCAGCGACGAUGGCGGCGGCGGCGGCGGCGGAAAUGGCGGCGGCCGGCGCGCAUCACGCAGCAGACCAUCUCGUUCACGGAGGAAAGGAGGUCGCGGCGGCGCGCAGGCGUGGGAGAAGUCGAAGCGUUCGUGGGAGACGAACCUGCCGGAGGAAGAUCAGGAUGGCGUCCUCAACCUCACGGCGCUCGAGGCAGAGAAACGUAGGCGGCUGCUACGCGACACGACGCCCCUUCAGCGCGGCAUCAUACGGCGCCUGAUUCUCGUGCUCGACAUGUCGUUUGCCAUGACGGAAAAGGACCUGCUGCCGACGAGGUACCGUCUGAUGCUGAGCUACGCCGCCGCGUUUGUCAGGGAUUACUUUGAGCAGAACCCCAUUUCUCAGCUGGGAAUUGUCGGCAUGCGGGAUGGCGUCGCCGUGAGGAUAGUCGACUUGGGAGGCAACCCGGCCGAGCAUCUGGAAAAGCUGAAGGCGCUCGAAAGUCAAGAUCCGCAAGGAAACCCGAGCUUGCAGAAUGCGCUGGAGAUGUGUCGCGGCGCGCUGUUUCAUGCACCCUCGCACGGUACGAGAGAAGUGCUCAUCAUCUACGGAGCCUUGCUCUCGAGCGACCCCGGCGACGUGCACGAGACGAUUGCCAAGCUCAUCUCGGACAGGAUACGGGUAUCCGUCGUCGGCCUGUCGGCCCAGGUGGCCAUCUGCGCCGAGAUGUGCUCCAAGACGAACGCCGGAAGCGAAUCGCAGUACAACAUCGCCAUGGACGAGGUCCACUUCAAGGAUCUAUUUCUUGCCGCCACGACACCGCCGGUGGUGAGGACCAAGGAUCAAAGCACGGCGAGCCUGCUCAUGAUGGGCUUCCCCUCGCGGACGCUCGCGCCGGGAGGGAGCACGAGCUACUGCGCCUGCCACAACAAGCCGUCCCAGGAAGGGUACGCAUGCACGAGAUGUUCGACGAGAGUCUGCCGACUGCCUGCCGAGUGUCCCGCUUGCGGUCUGACGCUGAUCUUGUCGACCCAUCUUGCGCGCUCGUACCACCACCUCUUCCCGCUACGCAACUGGGUCGAGGUCCCCUGGGUGGACGCCACGCGGUCUACCGUCUGCCUCUCCUGCCAGUGCCCCUUUCCCCAGCCGCCGAAGAACAAGGCUCACGGGGAGGAGGAAAGGCGGGAGGAGGAAAGGCGGGAGGGAGCCAAGGCGAGCGCCAAGGGCGUCAGUGAGAGCGGUAGAUACGCCUGCGAGGUGUGCGGCAACCACUUCUGCAUCGACUGCGACGUCUUUGCGCACGAGGUGAUACACAACUGUCCAGGCUGCCAGAGCAAAGUGCAGAACCACGCGCCGCAGGAGAAUGGGGAGGGCGGGCAGGCGAAUGGCGCAAUGGAUGUUGACCUGUAG